GUCUCUCGGGAGGCUGGAUUAGCCACAAGUUGUGGUGAACCAGGGUAAAAUCGGUGUGCCUCUUUACUUCUCGUUUAUUCAUUUUUUAUUCCUGCGAUUUCUUGAUCAAACUCUAUUCACCCCCCCCCCUCUACCGUUGGUCUAUUGUUCUAACAAUUGGUAUCAGAGCCUAACUCGCGUCCAAACUUAACCGUUUGAGAGUAAAGCGAUCAUGGGUUCUUCUUCUAGAAAUCUCUAUGCAGGAAUUGGAGAAGGUCAAUCAACCUCUAGGCUACCACUCUUUGAUGGCACCAACUACUCUUAUUGGAAGGAACGGAUGAGAAUCUAUAUUCGUUCCACCAACUUCCAAUUGUGGUUGGUGAUCAAAAAUGGCGAAGAAAUCCCUAUGAAAAAAGUGGGAGAAACCACGGUCCCAAAGACCGAAAACGAAUUUGAUGCCGAGGACAUCAAGAAGAUUGAAAACUAUGCAAAGGCCAUCAACAUGCUAUAUUGCGCGGUCAACCCCGAUGACUACCGAAAGAUCUCCUGUUGCACAACCGCCAAGGAGAUGUGGGACAAGCUUGAAGUUACGUACGAAGGUACCGAUCAAGUGCGUGAAGCCAAGAUCGAUUUUCUCACCCAAGAGUACGAAAUGUUCCGAAUGAAAGAAGGAAUUGGAGAAGGUCAAUCAACUUCUAGGCCACCGCUCUUUGAUGGCACCAACUACACAUAUUGGAAAGAGCGGAUGAGAAUUUAUAUCCGCUCAACCAACUUCCAGUUAUGGUUGGUCAUCAAGAACGGCAAAGAAACGCCAAUGAAGAAGGUUGGUGAAAAGCUCGUCACAAAGACUGAGGACGAAUUUGAUGCCGAAGACAUCAAAAAGGUAGAAAACUACGCCAAGGCAAUCAACAUGCUCUAUUGCACGGUCAACCCCGAUGAUUAUCGCAAGAUCUCUUGCUGCACCACUGCCAAAGAAAUGUGGGACAAGCUCGAGGUCACAUAUGAAGGUACAGACCAAGUUCGGGAAGCCAAAAUUGACUUCCUAACGCAGGAGUACGAAAUGUUUAGGAUGAAGGAAGGCGAAAAGAUCGAUGACAUGUUCGAUCGGUUCUCAAAGAUCAUCAACGACCUUCAUGCUCUCAAGAAGACUUACGCCAACAAGGAUCUCGUGAGGAAAAUCCUGCGGAGUCUCACACCCGAAUGGAGAUCAAAGGCCGAUGCAAUCUACGAAUCCAUCGGAGUCUCCAACGUCACCAUCGACGGGUUAAGAGAUAACCUCAAAACUUAUGAAUCAACUAUUCUAACCCCAUCUUUGGAUGAACAAAAGAAGAAAGGUAUAGCACUCAAAGCAACCAAGGAAACGGUGGAAGAAGUCUCAAGCGACGAUGACAACGAGUUCGGACUCGUCAUCAAGAAAUUCCACAAGUUCAUGAAGAAGGAAUUUGAGCGCAAAGGAAGAAAGCACGACGGUCCCCCAAAGUGCUAUGGCUGUGGCGAGAUAGGCCACAUCAAGCCAAGGUGUCCAAAAGGCAAAAACGGCAAGGACAAACCCGGCUUCAAAAAGCAACGAGCCUAUAUCUCAUGGGGUGGUGACCAAGAAGAGGAUGAAGCCGCCAACCUCUAUCUCAUGGCACACGAAGACCACGUCGACAAAGUACAAGAGGUGUGCUUGAAAGCGUCAAGUGUACUUUGGUACCUUGACAGCGGAUGCUCCAAGCACAUGACCGGAGAUGCAUCCAAGUUCCUACAAAUCAAACCCGCUAAAGGAGGAAACGUAGUCUUUGGAGACAAUAGCAAGGGAAAGAUUAUCGGCAUCGGGUCUGUAGAUUCACUAGAGAGGAUACACGUUGAAGACGAUGAAGAGAACACGGGAAUAUACACCAACACGCAGCCGCAAAUUGGCAAGAUGCCUCAAGCAACUACUCAAAGUGAAGAAGAAAAUCAAGAGGAAGAAGAAGAACAAGAGGAACAUGAAGAAGAAGCAACCGAGCUUCCCAUUGCAUGGAGAACGAACAAGAACCAUCCGCUUGACCAGAAGACGAAGGCUUCCAAGAAGAAGGCCGCUGCCGAACCCUCAAGCGCCGCGCCUCCUCCGUUCCCAUAUCUGGACGGAUCUUUCUUGGAGUUCGGGUCGGAGGAGGAACUCACCCGGUUUCUCACAUACUUCGCCAAGCGCCCGAUCUCUCCGCCCUGCGUGCUCCCGGAGCUGUUUCCCCAACAAAAAGGGUACCACGACCUUGACAAUCAACUCAAGGAGUCGGGUCUGUGGCCUUUUGUCUCCAAGAGCCGCACGAGCUUCAACCCCGCCUUCGUCCGGGCGUUCUACUCAAAUCUCCGCCGCGACGGGGACAUCAUCCGGAGCAGCAUCAAUCUCUACGACAUAGAGAUUGAUUUGCCUACUUUUGCUCGGAUCGCAGGGCUGCCCAUCCGCGGUGAUGACAUCGCGACAUAUGGUGGCGACGAUUGGAUCCUCAACAACGAGGCGGUCGUCAUCCGAGAGCUUGGGAUCACCAACCUCAUUCGCCACAGCGGCGCAUCGACGAUUCACUCGGCCCCACUGGACAAGCGCCUCCUCCUCUGCAUCAUCACCCGGAUUCUCCGCCCCCGGGACAGCAGCCAUACCUCGCUCUUCAACGAGGAUUUGAAGGCAAUCCACGCCAUCAUCCACGGCGCCUCCAUCAAUUGGGCGAAAUUUGUCAUGAUCCACAUGGCGGACUGCGCCUCCAUCGCCACCAGCGGAGCCUGCCGUACGCCUUCCUCCACCUUCCGGAAGAAGUCCGGAGACCGGGACAACGCCGGACCAAGUCGUGCACCAGCCCUCGCUCCCGCUCCCGCCAAGGCCAAUCUACAAUCCAUAGCCGACACCCUAAAUCGGCUAACCAUCACCGUAGACGGCAUGGGCCAGUACUUGGAGCGGAUGGACGGGACGCUGCAACGCCAACACCACGACAUGACGGCGUUCUUCCGCGGCAUCAACUUCGUCCCGCCGCCUUUCGACAGCACCAUCCUCAACCAAAACUUCGAGGGCGAGGAUGAGGACGACGACUCCUACGCUCCGUCCUCCUCCCCCGAUGAGGCCGACUUCGAGGACGCGGUUGACGGCGAUCCCAUGGACGAGGAGGAUGACGACGAGGACGAGGAUGCCGAUUCCUGGACUCUUCUUACUUUUUAUUUAAUAUGAUUGUUUUUUUUUAAUUUAAUUCUCAUUCCGUGUUGUAUUCCGCAUUUCCCUUUCGUUUUAAUGAAUAAAAGUUUACAUUUAAU